CAAAAAUUAUCAAGAAGACUCACAUUGAAGGAGCACUUAUGGCUUUAUCAGCCCAAUGAUAAGCCCAAUAUAUACCAAUUACCCGCAAAAGCCCACUCUUUGUAGGGUUUUCUUCAACCCUAUUUAGGUCUCACGCAGCUCACUCAGCCUUUUCUCCCUCGAACAUUUGUAGAAUUCUCUCAGCGCAGCAGAGGCUUCGGAUCAAUGGCAUUUGUCAAAGCCCAGAAGUCGAACGCCUACUUCAAGCGUUUCCAAGUCAAAUUCAAGAGAAGGAGACAGGGGAAGACUGAUUACCGGGCAAGGAUUCGUCUCAUCAAUCAGGACAAGAACAAGUACAACACUCCAAAAUACAGAUUUGUUGUGCGAUUUACAAACAAAGAUAUAAUUGCUCAAGUUGUGUCUGCUAGCAUCACUGGUGACCAUGUUCUUUCUUCUGCCUACGCACAUGAGCUGCCCCGUUAUGGCCUUGAAGUUGGCCUCACCAACUAUGCUGCUGCUUACUGCACUGGACUGCUUCUGGCUCGUCGAGUGCUGAAAAAGCUUGAAAUGGAUCAAGAGUAUGAAGGAAAUGUUGAGGCCACUGGAGAGGAUUAUUCAGUCGAACCAGCUGAAAGCAGGAGGCCCUUCCGUGCACUCCUUGAUGUUGGUCUUUUGAGAACCACAACUGGGAACCGUGUCUUUGGUGCACUCAAGGGAGCUCUUGAUGGUGGACUUGAUAUCCCUCACAGUGAUAAGAGGUUUGCUGGAUUUAACAAGGACAACAAGCAACUUGAUCCUGAAGUGCACCGCAAGUACAUCUAUGGUGGCCAUGUUGCAGCUUACAUGAAUACUUUGAUGGAAGAUGAACCUGAAAAGUACCAGUCUGUGUUUAGCCAGUAUAUCAAGAAGGGUAUUGAAGCAGAUAACAUCGAGGCUUUGUACAAGAAGGUCCAUGCAGCCAUCAGAGCUGACCCCACAGAGAAGAAAGCUCAAAAGCAACCACCUAAGGAGCACAAGAGAUUCAACCUGAAGAAGUUGACUUAUGAGGAGAGGAAGGCCAAGUUGAUCGAGAGGUUGAAUGCUUUGAAUGCUGCAGCGGGAAAUGAUGAUGAGGACGAGGAUGAUGACGAGUGAGGACAUUAUUGUUAAGAAGACCAAAGUUACUUUCUAUUUUGAGUAUUGCCUUUCUGUUUUACUGGAUAUUUAUAAACCUUGUUAGACAUUGGCUGUUUAUGUUGACGUUGUUUUGUUUUUUUUUGGGGUAUCCAAUGUUGUGUUUUUCUUAAUCUAUAUAUGCAUGGUCAAUGGCACGUCGGCUUUAUAUUAUAGCUGGGGCAUGGACAAAUUUUCUUAUUUAAAUAUAAGCAAGCAAAUUAGCAUGCAUGAAUUGUCAAAAUAA